AUGGGCAAGCAUACACCUACUGACCUGACACCCGAGGAGCUCAAUGGCCUAGUUUCGGCGUUGACUGAGGAGCAGCGUGUACGUCUGGAGGAAAUACGUAGCCUGUAUUCGAUGCACAUCAGCGGUAACCAGGAGUUGUUCGACGACCUUUUCUUCGUGAGGUUUUUACGCGCUCGCAAGUUCGACAUUAAUAAGACCAGUGCAAUGUUGAAUAAAUAUUUCAGUUGGCGCUUAGAAAUCAAGGUUGACGAGAUUUUACGCAGCGAUUUUUCUUACAUACGGGACACGGUUAGGCAGUAUUUCCCACACGGUUUCCAUGGAGUUGACCGUCUUGGCCGACCCAUAUAUAUCGAACGUAUGGGCCAGGGAAGCUGUACUAAGCUGCUUCAAAAUUUGUCAACCGAGCAGUUGACUCGAUACUACGUCCAACGUUACGAGUACCUGACUCAUGUGAUGAUGCCAGCUGCUUCUAUGAAGCAUGGUAAGCCUGUAGAGCAGCUGCUGACUCUUGUGGAUCUUCGCGGAUUCUCCAUAUCGCAAAUUAACACUAAGCUCCGCGCCUUCCUUACGGCAAUGUCCGCUGUCACUCAAAACUACUAUCCAGAAAUGCUUGGAAAACUGUUAUUUAUUAACGCAUCCACGUUUUUUUCGGCACUAUGGCAGAUCCUCUCCCCGCUGCUAGACGCCAAGACGCUUUCAAAAAUCAGUGUCAUAUCGUCGAAAACCGAGUCUAAGGCCAUAGUCAACGAACUUGUUGACGCCGACCAACUCCCUAUGUUUUUGGGAGGUAUCAGACCAGACGAUGACUGGAUGGGAUCGGACUUUGGGCCUUGGGGCGACCCAGAGAUCAUAGAGGAGCUAAAGCGCAAGCGACCACAUGUACCGACUGAACUUUAUGACGUCAAAGGACUGUGA